AAGUAAGAAGUAAAAAUUAAAAAAAUUGGUCAUUUUAUUUCUUGAGAUCUUUUUUGUGACAAAAACUUUUUUAAAAAUUGUUUAAGAAUUGCCUUAAUUGAAAUGAUUUUCUUUCCUUUUUUUUCUACCACCAUUAAUUUCUUACUUUAAAAGUUAAUAACAAUCAAUAGAAUUAUAUACACAAGUAAUGAAAAUCUAUAUAAAAGUAUUUGAUAAAAUUUGUUAAAUCUAGUUAACUUCUAAAAUCUUCUCAACUAUUAAAAUCAUCAAAUUCCACAGAAAUUUGUGUUCCAAUAACCCCCUAAAUAUAUUUUAUAAACGACAACCUCUAUAUAAUUACACGAUUAUAUCAGUAUUACAUUAAAAUGUGAGUUUUAAAAAGGUUAAAUUGUGAUGUACUAUUGCGUUUUGCAAUAUAAAAACGAAUAGCAUAGAUGAAGACAUAUACAUUCAAUAGUAAAUCGAUUUUAGAUCGGAGACACCAUUGGUCAAAACAUUAUCAUGAUUUCUACGUUAAUCAUAUCACUUUACCACCAAUAAUAUGUGAACAUGUCACUUUCCAUUGUGUGAACCAACACAAGACUCUUAACUCUUCGUAAACUAGCAUGAUACAAUAAUAUCCAUGUAACCCCACAAAUGUACGUCAAGUAUUUCAUUUUUUUUUUAAAUGACGAACUUCUUGAAAACGUAAGAAAUAGUGAAAUUAAAAUGAGUUGAUCAACACUUAGAAACUAAGUGAUAGAAUACAAAUACGAUCUAUUAUCUAUAACAGGUUUGAAAGAGUCAUCAAAUUAGUAAGAAGAAAAAACUAUGUUAAAAUAGAAUCCAUGUCAUUUUCGUAAGUUUCUCUCCAGCAUCCUUCUCUUUUCCCCACAACUUCUUGCCGAAGAAUUAUAUGACAUAAAAUAAAAUAAAAAACAAAACAAAAUCACAGACGCACCAUCAUAUAUAUAUAUGUAACUUCAUUUCAUAAACACACACACUUUAUUCAAAGACAAAGCUCAUAUCUCAUCAAACCCACCAACCAAAGCUUCUCAUAUAACGAAGGAAGAGAUGUUGAUGGAAGAAAAGCUUGUGGUUAAGGAGCUGGAGCAAGGGAAAGAGUUAGCGAAUCAGCUUAUGAACAGUUUGAACAACCCUUCCUCGUCUUCGAAGGAAUCAAACGAGGUCUUGAUCUCGGAGAUCCUCCAUUGUUUCGAAAACACAAUUGCUAUGAUGAUGAAUCUUGACAAGAAAACACUUAAGAGAAGCCAUGAGAGAAGUGAUCAGAGUAACAAGAAGAGAAUGUUGGAGAAGAAAAAGACAGAGAAAGUAAAUAUUUGUAUCGGAUCAGGACAAGAAGGAACUCUACUUGAUGAUGGUCAUUGUUGGAGAAAAUAUGGUCAGAAAGAUAUUCAUGGUUCCAAGAACCCUAGAGGAUACUAUAGAUGUACACAUAAAUUCACAAGAGGUUGCUUGGCAGUGAAGCAAGUUCAAAAGUCAGACACAAACCCUUUGUGCUAUGAAGUCAAGUACGUAGAGAGUCACACAUGUGAUAUCACUCAAUCAGCCACCAAACACUCUCUUCCUGUGUCCGAAGAAGCAGAACAAAAGCUACAUGAUGCAAAGCACUCUGAUGACACGGUCCAACACAUGAAGCCUGAAGAGUUGAUGUUAAGUAUUGAAGAUCUUGAUUACAAGAAGGAUAUUUUCAGGACGUUUUCAUUCUCAAAUCAUGAGAUGGAUGAUGAUUUCCUAGAAUGGAAAGAUCUGAUGGCGAAUCUAUCACCUACAACAUCAGAAUCUGGAAUCACCAACGAGUUUCAUGUUUCGCCAACGGAUGAUUCGUGUUUCUCUUCUUUGGAAACCCUUCUCGGUUCAACUCCCGAUUUGUCGUGGAUGUAAUUCUUAUCGUGUAGAACGUUUAGUUUUAGUCCUAGACUCCUAGUUUUCAAGUGGACGAACAUGAUUCUUCCUAUGUUUUUAAGACCAAUGUGGUACUUGGACAAAAUAUUACACAAUAAUCUAUGUGAUAUCCAUGGGACGUUUACUA